CGGCUCCGCCCCAGUUGGCCUGAGCUGUGCCGGGGACCCCCGUGGACGCCGGAGGCCCCCUUCCCCCCCUGACCUCUCCUCUCUUCAGCCAGGUGCCCUUGGACCCCCUGGCUCUCCACGGCCCCCUGCCUGCCUGGCCCCAGGAGCUCCUUUCCAGCCUGCUGAGCCUUCCACCUCAGCCCCCGGCUCUCCUGAUGUCUCCCCAGAGCUCCCAGCCCCUGGCUCUCCUGAAUCCUCUCCAGCCGAGGUGUCAGUCACCUCCGUCCAGGCCCCGGGCGCUCCCUCCUCCUCCUCUGCAGUCAAACCCCGGCUCAGCAUCUCCUGCUCCCCUGGUUCCCCCCACACUCCUGGCGAGGGAUCCCCCGACACCUCCAGUCCCCCCAGCAUUCCUGAACUGCCUACCAGAGUUACCUGUCCCCCCGGCUCUCCCGAGGCUGCUGCUGAGUACUCGAGCUCCCCCAGCCCACCCCCUGAGCCCUCUCCCAAAGCGUCUCGCCCCCCUGGCUCUCCAGAGGGACCUGAUGACUCCCCAGUGUCCCCACAGUCCCCUGAAGGUCCUGAUUUCAGUCCCCACCCUGCUUCCAGGGACUCGGGGCUCCGGCGCUCUUCAGAGGGGGUGUUGCAGCCCCCGAAUACAGGGCAGGGCAUGGGAGUGCUGGGGGGCUCACUGAGUGCCCUACCCCAUGACGAGGACCUGUUGUCUGACCUGUCCCUGGGUAGUGAGCCUGGCUGGAGCUUCUCCCAGUCCUUUGAGUGGAGGUUCCCCUCGCAGGGGGCACGGCGGCUGGCAUCCCCUCCCCGGUCCCCCAUCCGGGAGGCAGCUGACUCAGGGCUGUCCGACGAGGGUGAGUCGGAUGGGGAGAAUGCAUCCCCCAGCCCCCCACAUUCCCAGGGGGACAGCGGGUCCGAAGGGUCUUGCUCUGCGGUGGCCAGCAGCCGGGGAACAGAGGGGGCCCCAUGCCCGGGGGGUCCCGUGGUCCAGCAAGAGGCCGAGGGCUCAGCAGAGGAGGAGAAGGAGGGGGAGGCAGAGCAGGAUGCUGUCGUGCCAUGCUCCCCACUCUGUGUGACAGAGCCUGGCCACGACCCAGCUGACCCUGAGCCUGAGCUCCUCACUGAGGCCACCCCACCAGAUCUGGCUCCACCAGCUCUGGCCACCGAGGCCAGCUCAGCCUGGGCACCAACGGGCAACUGCCCAGUGAGCCUGCAGGGCCCCGGUGGGCCAGGCCAGGCUGAGGGGUCCUUGAGGGUUCUCGAUCCCCAUGCUGACCCGGGCUGGCUGACUGAGCUGCUGGCAUCGCCUGGGGCCCACACUGCGAGGCAUGGCUCUCCGGAUGCAGAGGGGACAGAGGACCUGCUUGGCUGGUCGCGGAAGGACCUGUGCAGUGAAUUUGGCAUCGGCAGACCUCACCAGGAUGGCACCUUCGACUGGACCCAUGAGCCUAUGGCCAGGGAGAGAGACUGGCCUGGUGAGACGGAGCAGGACCAGGAAUUUGGGACCAAAUCAAGCUGGGACAGCACCCUCAGCAUCAGGGACAGGGACCGGCAGGACGCGCCCUUCAGCAGUACUGGGAGGGACUGGGGCAGCAAUCACAAAAGGACAGAGCUGAUGGGGGAAGCGAGGCUGGGCCGCAGUGACUGGCCCACGUCCCACGGCACUGGGGAAAGCUGCCUGCAGGAUCAAGGCUUUGGUGCUGGCAAACCCGAGUGGGGCUCAGGCUAUGGCCUGGGCAGUGUGGAGGAGAUGGGCUCUGGGAAGGCUGACUGGAGCCAUGGGUAUGGUGUGAGGCAUGGCCAGCAGCAGGACAAGGAGCUAAGUUCUGGGCAGCCCAACUGGGCUGGCAGGUACAGCUCUGGGGAUCCGGAGAACCAGGGCAGGGAUAUCGCAGCUGCGUGGGCUGGGGAAUAUGGCACCGGUGGCAUGGAGAUGAAGGACAAGGAGCUUACCCCAGACUGGGGCACUAAAUACAGUAGCAGGGAUACGGAGACCAAGGAUGAGGAUUUAACACUGGGCUGGGCUGGCAGAUCCAGCACUGGGGACACUGUGGUUCCAGACAAGUUCAGCCCCAGCAGCCCAGCCUGGGACAGCAAAUACAGCAGCAGGGAAAUGGAGAGCCAGGACCGGGAGUUCAGCCCCAGCAGACCAGCUUGGACUGGGGAAUACAGCACCCAAAGCAUGGAGAGCCAGGACCGGGAGUUCAGCCCCAGCCGACUGGCCUGGGGUGAUGAGCGCAGCACCAGGGACAUGGAGAGCCAGGACGACGGGUUCACACCCAGCAGACCAGCCUGGGAUGACAGAUACAGCACCAGGGACAUGGAGAGCCAGGACCGGGAGUUCAGCGCUGACAGACCAACCUGGGGUGAUGAGCACACCACCGGGGACUUGGAGACCCGGGAUGGGGAGUUCAGCCCCAGCAGAUCAGCCUGGGCCAGUGAGUACAGCAGCAGAGAGAUGGAGACCCAGGACAGGGAGUUCAGCCCCAGCAGACCAGCCUGGGAUAGCGACUGCGGCAGCAAGGACAUGGAGACCCAGGACAGUGGGUUCCUACCCAGCAGACCGGCCUGGGAAGACAGAUUCAGCCCCAGGGACGUGGAGAACCAGGACCGUGAGUUCAGCCCCAGCCGACCAGCCUGGGCCAGCGAGUACAGCUCAAUGAGCACCGAAAAGGAAGCAGGAGAGUUUAGUCCUGACCAGCUGAGCUGGGCUGGUGAGUGCAGCGUUGGCCAAAGUGAGCCAGUCGGUGGUUUUGGUGUCAGGAACGAUGAUGUGCCUGGCUGCUGUGCCCCUGAUCUCCCAGCCCAGGAGCCUGGCUGGGGCAGUGCUGACCAGCAGGAGCAUGACACCACCGAAGAGCUUGGAGGAGCUGAGUGCCACAACCAAUUUGGCAUCACUGGGACAGAGUGGGUACCAGAUCCAUCUGACACCGGAGCAUCAUCAGAUGGCUCAAUGUCCUGGGCCAGUGAAAUGAGGCCUGGGGGCCAGCAGGAGCCUCUGGGUGACUGGCACAGGGAUCUCUCCUUCAGCAGCUCAGGUGCCACCAGCGGCAUGGGCACUGGUGAUGCUGGUGGGGUUGAACCAGGCCAGACGGUGUGGGGCCAGGGCCUGGGCAGCCUCCCUGGGGCUGCAGUGGAGGAGCCAGGCUGGAGCCGGGACCCUGACGCCACCGGCUGGACCAUGGAGCUGUGCGACGCUGAAGCCAAGCGCCAGGAAUGGGCCAGUGCGUUCGGUGCCCGCUGUGCCGCCCGGAGCCGGGACUUCGGCGCAGGGGAGCAGAGUCCAGGAGGUGACACUGACUCGGUGGAUGGAACCAUCCACUUCUCAGACCCCAGCCCACCGAUGGACGAUGCUCCAACUGACCCCCCGGCUGCAGAGACCCCCCAGAGCGAGCCGCCCAGCCCCACCGAGGAGGAGAGAGACUCCCCUGAGCCGGCUGCUACCCCACGGAGCCCCAGGGCCUCCCCUCCGCUGCUGGAGGCUGCCAGCGGGACCCUGCCUGGCACAGAGAGUAAAGAAGCCCCCUUGGACCACUUGGAUGGGAAGAGACCACCAAGCUGGGAGGAGAAGGGUCUCUGCCUGUGCACCCCACAGCCUGAGGAAUCCCUGGACCCCACCAGGCAGGAGUUCACCUUCCUGGAGGACACGGAGGUCCUGGACAGCAGCGUGUACCGCAGCAAGGCCAGUCUGGGCCGCAAGCGCCGACACCGGGCACCAGCUCUGCGCCCCGGGGCCACCUCGGAGGGGGACAGCUGGAUCUUCCAGGACUCCACUGCUGGCCUCAAUGCGUCUGUACUCAAGGCCAAGCUGAGGGGCCGGAACCGCUCGGUCGAGGAGGGGACGCUGCCAGGGGACAGCAAGGCAACCCCCGCCAAGGACCCCCACGCGCAGCGCUCCAAGUCCUGCAAGAUC